UCUUUGUCCUUACCGACUAUCACAAACAUCGAGAAAAAACGGUAUACAUUUAAAAAAAAUUACAAACUACUGCUGGGAUUUUUUAAGCAUUCUACAAUGCCUAAAAAUCAGAUUUUAUAAACGUUCGCACUGCUCUACAUAAAACCGGUCACCUAACAAAAAUUCAAAAUUCGUUAUUAUAUUUUUUAUGGCUUCUCAAACGAGGGGAGGAUUUUGAAGAUCGGCGUCGGCUAGGGGUAGCUUGGCCGGCCGCUUCGCGCCUGCGCACGUAGUUCGCGCCACUGCUACGUCGCUUGCAAGCCAGAUGUUCUGAAAAGCUUCCUGUCGUCGUUACGUUGCUCUUCAUUUUUAUCUAAUAAAUGUAAAAUGUGGAAUAGGCCACUCCUUUUUGUAUUUCAUGUUUAGUGAAGUUCUUAGUGAAUUAAUUUAAUAUGUGUACGAUAAUUUGUGACAUUUAACUAAAUUUAUCGGCCUCGAUGUCCACGAGUUCACUCGAGACCAACAAAGCGGCGGACAUUUUAUUUUGAGUACUCGAUAAUGUAGCGUUUGCGUCGAAAACAUUAAAUGUCGUUUUAUGGUCCUCAAUUCGGAUAUCGUUCGCUUACACCUUUCCGAUGCCGAGGGGGGUGAAGCGAGGGCAGGCGGAGGGCGAAGCAGAAGUGGUGGUACGCGUCGGGGCGUCUCCGUCGCAGACCACGCUACUGGAUGACAGCCCAAGCCAGCCCAUCAGCUACCACCUACUGGACCACGGUUAUGGCGCUACACCACAGCACCAAAUCAGGCGUGAGGCGCCCACGGCACCGCCGAAGACGUCUGAAGCGGUGAAAAGAAGACUGAACCUGAGCGAGAGCAGUUCAGGCAGUCAGGGGCACGUGGUGCCGAUGAAGGCAGACUUUAAAACUCCAAAGCAGAAGCGAGUCAAAGUGCUCACGCCCUACAGCCGACCGUCCAGUUCUAUGAAAAAGUACACAGAACGCUCCAGGUUUGACACGUCAUUAGGUUUACUCACGAAAAAGUUCGUGGCACUUCUCAAGUCGUCGCCGAACGGUGUGCUCGACCUGAACAUUGCCGCGGAGCAGCUUUCAGUACAGAAGCGUCGCAUAUACGAUAUUACGAACGUAUUAGAGGGUAUAGGAAUAUUAGAGAAGAGAUCAAAAAAUAAUAUACAAUGGAAAUGUGGCGUGGGCGGGGGCGGCGGUGUGGGGGGCGCGUGCGAGGAGGGGCGCGCGCGGCGGCUGCGGCGCGAGGUGCGCGCGCUGGGGGUGCGCGAGGCGCGUGCGGCGCGCGCGGUGGCGGUGGCGGAGCACGCGCUGUCGCGGCUGUCGGCGGAGCACGGCGCGCUCGCGUACAUCACCUACGCAGACCUCCGCUCAAUAGAUGACUUUAGAAAUCAAACUGUCAUACCUAUCAAAGCGCCGCCAGAUACUAGGCUUAGUGUACCUCAUCCUGACGAGAAAGGCUACAUGAUUCAUUUGAAGUCAAUGUCGGGAGAAAUAGAAGUCUACCUCUGUCCCAAGGAUCCGCCUGCGUCACCACCACCAUCUGGCCUCCUACCAUCCGAUCCGCUCUUGGAAGACAACAAGGCGCUCCUGGCGCCGCUCAUUGCGCAGAUGCAGUCUCGGCCCUCUAGUUCUAUUAUAGCUGAUUUUACAACACCUAUAAAGCGUGAGCGCGAGGAGCAUGGGUCGCGUAGCCUGGUGGUGCGCACGCCCUGCGUCACCGACCCCACGCUGCCGCUGGCCGCCUCGCUGGGUGCCACGCUCAGCACCACGCUCGGCACCGCGAUUGGCACCUCACUCGGCACCACGCUGAGUACCCCGUUAGGCACCACGCUCUCCGUGGGGCUCACCACGCCCGUGCGGCACCCGCCCUCCACACCCACAGACUCGCCCACGUUACUCUCCACGCCAGAUAUGUGCGGCGCGCGCGGCCGGCUGCGCAACGCGCUGAUCGCGGACAGCGACGACUUCGCGCCCAUCAUGGGCGGCGGCCGCUUCCAGAUGCAGACCGAGGACCAGGAGUCAGAGCCCCUGGAGCCGUUCCUGGCGCUGGAGCCGCCGAUGUCGGGCACCGACUACGGCUUCUGCCUCGACCACGACGAGGGGCUCUCGGAACUCUUCGACUUCGAGUUCUAGUUCCAAACUCGCGGAACUGCUACAAGUUCCGCACUCAAGGAACUCAUCGAGUUCUCCCUCGACGUACUCGGAACUGUUCGACUUUUACCGAACUCGAAACUCUGGUGUCGUCGGUAGUAUGGUGCUGUGGACUGCUUGUAGAUAAAAGGUGGGACCUAAGGAUGUGACGUAAUAGUACGGUGUUUGAAAUGCGCAACCGACGUCGUGUCUCAUGGCAUAUAUCACUCGUCAUUGUCCAGCCUUCGUUUACGCGACUGAGUAAUGUUCCAGUUUGUUUGAAUUUUAUACGUGAAUACUUUUUGUAGGCGAUUUUGAAUGAUACUUUACAAAAUAAUAUAACCGCGCGGAAAUCUUACAAAUGUGACAUUUUUCUUUUUUACUUUAUUUUAAAACUAUUUUAUUUCGAUCCUAAUUUGUCUUGAUUAUUAUUUGUACUAACUGACAAGAUAUCUGAUGCACGGUACAAUAAUGAAAUAACUAGGUGGCAAAACAGAUUGAUCUGAAAAUGGUAUUUUAUAGUAUUUACAAUAUCAUAGUUACAUUAAUAAAUUGUCGCAAUCGUACGGUAAAUCAACGAUGUUACGGCAGUUCAGAAAUUAGUUUUUGACUAGUUUCAUUGGCAUUUUACACAAUCUGAUGAAGCCACAAAUGUCAUAGAUGUGCUAUUCCUAGAACAUCUUUAAAAAUUAAUGAUUAUUAUUAAAAAAAAAUAUAUGAAUAACUUGUGGAAUAUAAAAACAACGAAAUGACCUGGAGAAUUAGACAGAUAACAUAUCUACAAAAAUGGGCCUAGAAUACUUUUUUAAUUUUAUUUUUCUUUCGUGUCGUCUCAAUCGUUUAUUCAUUCUUGCAGUUAUUUUUUUUUCAUUUGUAUCGCGCAAAUACAUUUUAAAACAUUCUUAAGUUUAAAUUAUAUAUUAAUAAUUUAGUUAAAAUAGCAAUCAUCAAUAGAAGAAAACAAAACGUUUUGUAUAUUUAUAUAGGGAAAUACAUAAAUAGAUUUUUGUACGAUUUUGUAUGUUCAAACAAUGGGAAAUAUGUAAUAAAUAUUGUGUAAUAUUGUUUGACUAUAUGUUUGGGUGUAAAUUUUGCAAGGAUUCAUAAUUGUUUUUGUCAGUUUUAUUCUUGAAAUUUUGCAUUUGGAAAUUCCUUAAUUACAAAAACUUAUUUUACAUAAUGACUGGAAAUCAAGUCCUUUUCCGUGACAAUAUUUUACUCCAAACGAUAAAUUAGGAUUGUAAAUAUAUAGUUAUGUGUUAUCUAGAUUCCAAAAGCAAAGCUUUGGGUUUAUAUUUUCCUAGUACUGCCUCUUAUCAGCCUUAAUUUAUCUUUUCGAUACUACUACCCGUAAUCUGAAAACAAGGGGUUUGCUCAGGAAAAUUUGUAAAGUAUAGAAAUGUAUAAUUUUGUAAGAAAAACAAGAUUCCUAUGUAAGUAGUUAAAACACAAAAGAAUCCGACAUGUUCGGAAUCCUGGCGCAUUUCGAAGGGUAACUAAUUGUUCAUAUAUAUUUUUGCAUGAAGGGCUGACAGAAAUUGACAUAGCUGGGAAAGAUUGUACUAGAAACUACAACAAUCUACUAAGAAUAGUACGAAGAGAAAGAUCAAUCGUUGUGAACACAAAGAUGCAUAACAACAAUGCACUGACAAAGUUGUUGGAUAAUUUUAAAAUAUGUUAUCGCAGAGGGAAGUUAUGUUGAACGUAUGUUAGUAAAUUUAGGUUGGCUUUGUCAGUUUCUGUGUGCGCAGCGGCGCGGCGGAAGUGUACAUACUACGAUGUAAUGAACGGUGAUAUCUUAGCGGCCUUCGAUUUUACUUGUAAAGCCUAGCUCAUAGUGUUCCCCGGUUUGCUGUCGGCUCCGUGGACGUGGCUGAUCAGAACUUGCAACCUUACCUUAUGUGUCGUAUACAUAAUACAAUUGUAUAUUCAGAAGGUAACAGCCGCGUACAUGGUACCGAUUUACUUAUUCCUUUUGCCCAGAUUAAUUUCCAAGCGCAUUGUGGCUUCGCUUCGUUGUUACUUUUUUUACAGUUGUAUGUCAAUUAUUGUAAAUAUGUGUAUUAAAACUACCAAAUCCUUACAAUUCAUUGCAAUAGUAAUAUUAAAUUGACACGUAUUUUUUCUUUCAAACGGUUUGGAGAUCUCCUUUGAAGAAUUUUAUUUCUGUAACACGAAAUGGCCACAUUACGCUUGACUUGUAAAUUAAAUUGUUUGCCAAAUGCCAAAUAUCAUAGAUCGAUCGAUAUUGUGCGGGAUGAUCGAUGUUUUAUGUUAAUUACACUACUGCGAGUAAACUAUUAUUUAAUUAUUUAAAUGAAAAUAUUACGGUUAUUGUUAUUUGCUAGUGAACGAUUGAUGUCGGUUGUGGUCUCGAUGUGAUGUGUGAUGCUUGCGACAUCGAUGUUUGUUAAACAUGAUCAUCCCUUAUUUGGUGUUAAUGUAAGUUUUUAAGUUCGUUUUGACAUUGUAAAUAGCAUGUAUCGAGGCGGGGGACGAGGACGCAGCGUGGCGGCGACCCGGCGGCCUCUUUUUUUACAAUAUUUCCCGUAGAUAACUCGUUGAAGUACAAAGUGCAAAGAGAAACCGUCUCGUAGUAGGUCUGUACCGUAAUGUAAGUACAUUACCGCGAGGCCGCCGCGCCCCCUCCCGCCCCCAUCCCGCCCCUCACAUUGUACAGCACAAAUUUCAUUGUAAAAAGAACAUUAUAAAUAAGUGCAUAUCAAAAUAAAUUUAGUGAUAAUAAUAAUUUAAAAGCACGUGGGAGCAGUUUGAUAUACGGGUCAGGCGCGGGUGUGUUUAGGCGGAACCGGUUACAACAUGCCCAAUAAUUUGUACAUCUUUUUAAACACUGGACUAUAUUUAUUGUUUGUUUUUAUUUACUUGAGUUACGCAUUUUAGUGUUUAAUCAAUUCACGAACAUUUUCUGUUCGAUUGUAAAGAGAAAUAAACCCGUCAGACGCUCUACGAAUAUUAAAAUCACUAAGUAUUUUAUCAACUUUGCAGUAAUGCUAAAAGUAUUUCCUAUGAAAUGAAAUUUUGAUACAAUGAAUUUUAUGAGAAAUUUUAUUGAAUAUCAAAAGUGUUAUUUUUUGCUUCUUAAUUUUAUGUUAUUUUGAUUUUGUUUUUGUAAUGCAAACGGUAGGUAGAAAUUUUGUUUGAGUUUACCUCUUGGGAACCACGUUUCGUGGUGUUAAUAGAAUUCUGUUCUUUUUUAGGUUUCAUCACUAUUAUGAGUGUUACAGCGAUUUCCUUCGUCAUCUUGAUGUUUGUACAAUAAUGUAUAUUUUUUUGGCGCAUGCGCUUUUCAAUAGAAAAUGGUUAAUUCUUAAAUUGUAUUGUUUAAUAACACUUUGUCUGGGGCCAAAAGUACGAGAGAAGGGAGUACAAAUUAAAGAAAAAUUCUCGUAAUUUAGUUUUAGGAUAUUUAUUGUAUUUCGAUCAGAUGCAAUUUGUAUUUUAGUUUGUUGUUUUCUUUCUAUAUUUUCCGUGAAAUGUAAUAACUUGCUACUCCUCAUACUUGUGGUACAUUAUCAAGCCAAUGUAUAUAAACCCUUGAAAUUAUUUGCAACUUUUUUGUAUCUAUUGUUGAAUAUAAGAUAUAAGUGUCCAAAGUAGUCAUAAAUACCACGGAUUUCAGAUAAAUUAAUACUAUAACGCUUGUUUAUAUGACUACUUCGGGCUCUCUUACUACCAAACGGUGAGAAUAAAUAUAGGCAAUAUAUUUUGACACAGAAGCUGCAAGCUCAACUUAUACAAUACCUGAUUGUUCGUUUUUACUAAUGACAAAUAUACAUGUAAAUUGGAUCCUACGGCGAAUACUAUGUAAAAUGUUAAGACAAAGCCUCAUAUUGUUACGCUUAUUCAUAGCACGUAAUUUUACUACCACAGUUCACUUCAACGGUGCUAUUGCUGAAAUUACCCUCUUCACAACAGUGUCAGCUGCAAGCGACAAGUCAUUACAGCUAACGUUUUUGUGUGAUUUUAUCACUUUUAAGUAAUUUCAGCAAAGAUUUUCAGUACGAUUGUAACUAAUUACAAGUUUGAAGUGAGCUGCCAGAGCCGAGUUAUGGUAUAAAUAAAAUUUACAACGAUUUUAGUCGGUGCAGAGAUGCAUCGCGCCGGCGUUCCACAGGGUCCUAAUGUAGUGCACGGUACAGGCAAUAAUGUCCUAGUUGUUCGACUCGGGUUGUGUCGUUGCGGGUCUAAUGCGGUUCGCUUUAGCACAAACUUUAAGUCGUCGUUUCGCCUCGCUUGAAGUCUGACGCGGGAUAUCUUCAAUCGUUAAUUAUUUCAUCGACUCAUUCAUAUAUGUACUUAGUUCUUUUUUUAUAAAACCGUUUGCGUCCAUUAAUUCAAUUCGCUAACAAAGCAGUUUAAAAUAUUUUUUGUUUCGGUUCUAAAAUAAAACGCAGACUAAUUGGAUACGUAAAUGAGAAAUUUAUAAGAUGCUGUUUUCUAUGUAAUAAGUUUUCUGGUUUAGUUUAAUGUGAAUAUAAAGUGAAGGUGCAAUGUUAUGAUAUAAUGUAUUUAUGGUGUGAGUGAUGGCGGCGGAUGUUGCGCCAGUUGUUGUUGGCGCGGGAACUGUUCGGUUAGUAUUGAUUUGUGUUGGAAGACUGAGGUUGAUUAUUCCACAUUCGAUGAACGUGCGAGUUAUUUGUUGAUUGAAUUUAAAUAUAAAGUCAUAUAUAUAGUUAGGUUAUAUUUUUUAAUAAAUAUAAUAUUGAGAUAUGUAA